AUGGCGUCCGGGUGGGGCAUCAACGGGAACAAGGGGCGGUGCUACGACUUCUGGCUGGACUUCAGCUCGUGCAUGAGCCGCUGCCGCCAGCCCUCCGACUGCGGCCUCCUCCGCGAGGACUACCUCGAGUGCCUCCACCACUCCAAGGAGUUCCAACGCAGGAACAGGAUCUACAAGGAGGAGCAACGUCAGAUAAGAGCUGCUGCUCGCAAGGCCAAGGAGGAAGCCGAAGGAGCUCCUCGCUUCCAUGUUCGGCUAUGA